GCUCCCCGAGGAGCAGAACGGGGCGCCCUCGCGCCCCAUGCGGGCUCUGCCGCCUCUCGCCCCCGCAGCGCACGAGGGAAGGAGCCGGGAGCCCGGCCGGCAGCAGCAGCCGUCCCCAUGAUGUGCGAGACGGGACUGAUGUCCCCAGAGCCCUCCAGCCCGAUGCAGUACUACGGAGAGUCCUCUGACACCUACUACCAUGUUGACCGCUGGCAGAAACUCCGGACGGCUGUCAGGAAGCUGGAGUUCUGGGAAAACUUCAAUGCUGAGCUGAUAGGCAGCGGCUUCUUUUCCAAGGUUUACAAGGUGACUCAGAGUGCGACCUGCAAAGUGAUGGUGGUGAAAAUCUACAAGAACGACGUGGACCAGGAGGUGAUAGUGCGCGAGAUUAGCUUGCUGCAGAAACUCUCCCACCCAAACAUUGUCAGGUACCUGGGGAUCUGCGUGAAGGAUGAGAAGCUGUACCCAAUUCUGGAGUACGUUAACGGUGGGUGCCUGGAAGAGCUCCUGGCCAGCAAGGAGAUCACCCUCAGCUGGAAGGAGAAGGUAGACUUGGCUUCAGACAUCACAAGGGGGAUGGUCUACUUGCACUCCAAGAACAUCUACCACCGGGAUCUCAACUCCAAGAACUGCCUCAUUCGCGUGACCCAGCGGGGCCGGGAAGCCUUGGUGACGGAUUUCGGCCUGGCCAGAGAGGUAGUGGAGCUGCCCUUGAAGAACCCAGAGAGGAAGCUGUCCCUGGUGGGCUCCGCCUUCUGGAUGGCCCCUGAAAUGCUGCGGGGGGAGCCGUAUGACAGGAAGGUGGAUGUGUUCUCAUUUGGCAUAGUCCUGUGUGAAAUACUGGGCAGAAUCCCCGCUGACCCAGAAGUGCUUCCCAGGACGCAGGAUUACGGCCUGGACGUUGCAGCUUUCCAAGGGAUGAUCAGUGAAUGUCCCAAGCGGGUUUUGGACCUAGCCGCAAGUUGCUGUCGGGUGGAAGCAUUCAAGAGGCCCUCUUUCUCCGAGCUGCUGGAUGAACUGGAAGACGUAGCAGAGAGUUUGGAGGCUCUAAAGGACAAUCAGCUGUCCGGAUGAUUGCCCAGGCUCUUCUGAACCCUGAUGGCGUCAGCCUCAAACUGUAAAUUAGUCGUACAUCAGAAAAGGCGAGAGGAGAAAGAGAGCGAGUGUGAAAGAGCAAAGUAAUGCCCUGGUAUUUAUUUAAUCGUGUUCUCAUUCUCACAUGGAAAGUGUGGCUUGAAAAAUACAAAGGGGGAAUCCUUCCAAGGGAUUUUUUCUAGCUGAGGUUUUUAACAGAAAUAAUUCUGACACUGAGCAGUCUUUGCUUGGUUGGUUUUUUGUUUUUUUUUUUUUAAAAGAAGAAGAUACUAAUUUCUGAUGUAAAUACAGACGGUGAGAGAUUCUAGAGGGGACACUGGAUAAUUGACUCUCAGCUGGGGAUGCUCUCUGAAGCCCAGGAUAGAAGUGUGUCUUUCCCCUUCCUCUUCCCCAUAGUCCUACCUGUGUCUCAGCCCUCCAGUCUUCAUUGGAGCCAUCGCUGGAGGCUGUGGAUUUGGUAUUGUGUAAAGGAAAGGGGUGACAUGGCAGAUUGUGAGCCAGUAAAGUCGCCUUACAGUACAUAGCCUUAAAACCGUCCUCCAGCAGCCUUAGGAGGAGAAUGCGUUCUGUAAUGGCUCUGGUCAUAUGACCUUCCUAGAAACUGACCAGUGUCCAAGCACCCUUGUUGUGCUCAGAGCAUUUGGGGGUUUCGUGUAGACAGAGGGUGAUGGUUUGGGAAUCCUGAUUGGCUGCUGAGGAACAUUCCACUGAGACGGGUAUUUGCUUUAACAAAUAUAAACUAAUGAACCGAUGUAUACCUUUGGAAAAGCUGCAUCAGGGAUGCCUGCUGUGUCACAGGCGUGUCCGUGCCAGCAGAGGGGCUUGCUGUGUCACAGGCGUGUCCAUGCCAACAGAGGGGCUUGCUGUGUUACAGGCAUGCUCGUACCAUCGGGGGCCUGCCGUGUUACAGGCGUGUCCAUACCAUCAGAGGAUCUUUGUCUGGUACAGGAGUGCCCUAGCUUUCUUACAGCAGGUGCUAGACUGUCGGGGUUUAUUCCCAUGGCUCUCAUACUCCCAAGACUCCUGUGACAGGGUCGCCCACUGAACAAAUACAUCCCAACAAGCUCUGAGGCAGGUCUGUCGGGGGGCUGCUAGUCGCUGGUGAGGGGACCAUGAGGUGGCCGAGUCACAGGCAGCAGCCCCAGAUUUGCAAGCAGGCGGGAUAACGCCGACCACCUCCGCCCAGGGGAGAUCCCUGUGAGUUCCUGGCUGUGUUCACAUCUUGAUGCCUCUUGUCGUGGCGUUGUGAUGCGCACACGGGGCACUGGGACGUGCGCUCCGUGAUGCAGGCAGUCGGGACAGGUUUUCAGCUGGGUGUAUUGGGGUUCACAGCGCUGGCCUUCACUGAUUUGGGAUCCGCCUCAGGUCCCCUUCUGCUGCAUCACUGUUCUGGGUCCAUCCCCAGCUGCCCUCUCUGGGGGCAGAUGCAAACACACAGCGCUCCCCGACAGGCAGGUUCAGACCCUGGUACCGUAAUACUCACCUUAUGAUUCUGCAUUACCCUAUUAAAGACAAACCACUCCCUGAAAGGAAAGCCUAUCUUAUCAGUGCACCUAAGCAAGUGUCCUGAACCUUGCGAAUGGGAUCCCGUCAUCCGAUCCAUGCAGGCCUAGCCCUUUGGAGUCUCUUUCACCUCUGCGAAGCACCCUCCCAUAGCGGUUUCUGAGCUAACGUUUCCAGGCAGAUGUGUUGUAUGGGGGCCUGGCCGUGCCAGCGCGAUGCUGGAGACAGAGGCGGGCUUUGCAGAGCUGCAGGACAAGAGCCGUCUUUGUUAGACCCCCUUGAUUUGUUAGUCAGGGAUGGGAGGCUUUGGUCAGAGAAGUCAGGCCACAGCAGUACAGCUUGUUCCCACCCGAAGCAACGGAGGAAUUUGCACAGGCCCAAGUCCUGAGGCAUUGUGGGGAUGCACGAGCCUCUGAUUUAUGGGCUCAGGAGGAGAAAUGAAGAAUGUGCCAAUCAUCUACCCCCUGUGCAAAGCCAUCUCCUCGUGUGUGGGUGUUUGUGUGCGAUGACACUGAGCCACCUCACAGGGUGUUGUGUACGUGAAUCAAAGGGCUAGCGUGCUUUGCCGAUGCUAAGGUCUAAGUGUUAUGUUUUCUUCUGGGAUGGGAUCCAGCAGGAGGAGGUUAAAUGCAGUUAGGGAAAUAGUUGGAGGAGUUGGGGUGGGCUGAGAUGGGAGGGAUUCCAAAUUAGGGGCAGGAGGGGGAAGGGUUAAUUAGCAGAAACCCUUUUCUAGAGUAAACUUAAAAAAAUGGCAAGUGAUAAAUCCAGCAUCUGACUGGGUCUGGGCUUCUCCUAACACAUGGUAAGGUCUUGUAUGCCAGUGAUUUCUCAGCAGCAGGGCCAGCUCCACCGCUGGUGUAAAGUGGUGUACUUCCAUUGAAUUGCAUGGAGUUACGCCACUUUACUCUGGCUGAAGCGCCUGUCCCUACAGUGUGAGCUCUUUGGGGCAGGGCCUUUCUGUGCGGUACGGCUGAACGCAAGGGGGUGUCAGUCCCGCAUGGAGCCCUCAGGUUCUGCCCUCGUACAAAUGAAGAAGCACAAAUGGGGAAAUUCACACAGUGAGGUGAUGCGCUGUAACCUGACGCCCGGCCAUGUCUUACUGUCUGUUUCACACUGACGAUGUCCUGAUGAGUGUUUUCAGCUGCUCCUUGGCUCUGGCAGCGCCCUGCAGGCUGUAACAAGGCAGCACCUCGAAUGCAGAGACUUCAAAUGCUGGCAGAUUCUGUGUCCUGUGAAAUACAAACAGCUGUGUGGGGAAAGGGCACUGACAUCUGUGCAGGUGAACGUCUGCGGGAACAAGGGGCAGCGUUGUAAUGGUUUUGCAUUCUCGCAAGGAACUGCAAAGAUUUGGAAGUCUGCAAGAAACAUACUCAAUGCAGCAAAGAUGCACCAUACAGCGAGAGAUUUACUAGCUCAUACAUGUUUCUGGAUGAUUAUUUGUUGCUCCAUUUUCCUCUGUAUCGCAGCUGACGAGUUUAUACACAAGGGACUUCUUGCUUAAGAGUUACAAUAUGUUCAGCAAAUAUGGAUUUCUGUGCAGCAGGCUCCGAGGAGCAGAGUCUUAAGGAGCAGCGGGGUGAGAUUCCCUAAUUCUUCUGCCUGGGAGGGAGACCGUGGCUCUUUAACUCACUUCCCAAUUUGGAGUCUCUGUACCAGCUGAGUGGAAGU